GAGUUUGUUUUUUUAUUUUCAACAUAAUGCUUUAAAUUGUAUUAAAAUAGCAAUGUUCCAACCAGAAACUGAAGAUAUGUUGCCUAGAAUGGCGCCGAAACCUAGUGCCGCUGUGCCAAAUGGUGAGGGUAUAAUACGACCACAAGUGCCUGAAGUUUCGAUAUUAUUUGGGCAACAGGAAUCGAAUGUAUUACCACAACAAAAUGUAAACGGUGAUAUACAUCAGCAACAGUUUAAAAAUAAUAAUCCACAGCCAAGCUAUGCGGCUUGGAAGAAACAAAUGUUGCCGAAAGUUAAUUAUACACCACCCGUUGGAAAUAUGGCGGAGGUACAAUUGUCCGAUAGAGGCAAUAAUAACAUGAUGUCGGAUUAUAAUACUCCUAGAGCAAAUUUGUAUCCAUUAAGAACAGCUACUGUACCAGUGACUAAUAUGGGACCAAAUGUAGCAGCAAAUGAUUUUGUGCAAACAAAUUCUCUAACAUAUCGCCGCAGUUUGGAAAAUUGUAACAAUAAUAUAAUGUACCAACAACAAAUGCCACAUUUGCCCCAAACUAUGUCAUCGCAAUCGCCUUUGCAGUCAACAAAACCCUUGUCAAAUCCUAUAAACCAUUUACCAUCUAGAGAUGUUUUAACUAUUUGUGCUGGAACACAAACAGAUGCCAGUUUAGAUUCACCCAAUAACUAUAAGCAUAAUCUGCAAUUUGGGUCCUUAUCAAAUUUAGCCUCCAAACAAGAUGUUGAUGAAAUACGUUUAAUAUUAGAGGGUAUACAGCAGGAACAGCAACGAAUGCUUAAAAUGUUGGAAACACUGUUGUUUAAACCUGUGACACAAUUUUCCACGAAGCCUCAGUCAAGAGAUAUGGGAGUGCAGGCAGAUUGUUUGGAAAAUGAUAACAUACCCUUUACAAAUGGUGAUGCUAAUGAAGCUGAAUUUGAUAUUCCACAACAAGCGUUAGUAAAAAAUAAAUUCCUACAACAUUUAAAGCCCACCAGUAAUAUUAUGCAAACACCUAAGGGAAAACCUAUGGCUCAGUCAACCACCUAUCGACCAAAUUCACCACAAACUCUACGCUUCCAAACAGAACAACAGCAGGAAGUGGCCUCGGCCCCUACUUAUCAACAAGUCAACAGCAAACCUCCUCCCAGUCUACAUAAAUCAGCCUCGGACACUAGUCUGGCUAUGAAUGAAUUGGCUUUAAAAUAUUUACCCAAUGAAAAGUUGGCAGAAUUAUUAAACGAACUAAAUAUGGAAUGCCCAGCAGGCGGUGUCAAUAUUAAUCCCCUGCCCAGCACACCAGUACGUUGCAGUGGGAAUAAAUUUGAAAAGGGACCUUCGGAUAUAUCUAAUGCUUCCUAUAAAUACCUCAAAAAGUAUAGGCUAUUGCCUGAAGAUCAUGUGGAAGAUGAAGAAGAAGAGGUUAAUGCCAAUCAGCAGGGCGGAAUGGAGGGGGAAAUAUUGUUAAAUGUCAAUGGGAAUCAAGCGUAUAAUUCACCACAACAUCAGUAUAAUAAUAUACGCAAUACACCACUUAAUCAAAGACAAGCACCAACAAACAAAUGUUCACCAUACGCUGGGCGUUUGCCAUUAUCACCUUUAGCCAGAGGAACUGCAACGCCGCCUCUGUCAUCAGCUGCCAUACAAGCCCAAAAUUUAGUGAAUUUAGACAAUAUAAAACAGCAACCAAAAUUUUUAUAAAUAGCCUUAAAUAGUUUACACGCGUUUUAAUGCAAGUGGUAAUGAAAGUGUGUGCCUUUGUGUGUGUGUAAAUCUAAAAGUUGAAUUUUACUAACUUACCACAGCUAUUUGUUUACUUUUUCUUCAACUUGACAAACAGCUGUUCGAUUGAGGGCAAGCAACAACAACUAGCUGAUAAAAUAUAAACAAAAAUAAGAAGAAAAAUUUUGGCGCGUUUGCAACGACGUUGACAGAGGCGUUGGAAACGUCAACUAAACGUAAACGUCAUCGUCGUGCGUAGUGACUGAACUUUUGGAGGGAAAAACUCUUGUCAGUUGAAAUUUGAGCGGGAUAACUCACAGACGUGUGCUAAGCAAGAAAGCAAACAGACCAACCAGUCAGAAGUCAGUCAGUCAUUUGGUGAUUAUUACUUAUCAUACACAUGCAUAAAGAAAGAAAAAAAGAAAGAAGUGUUUUAAUAAAUUGGAAAUAAUUAGAAAUUACCUUAACAAAGAAAAA